GUUGCAAUUGGCAUUUUACUUGUUUUUGGAUGAGCAAAAACUGUGUCACAUUUUGCGUUUUAACGGCUUCUAACAGUCUUAGUAACAAUUUAGUAUUUUGUGUAGAUACUCAUUUUAAAAUAGUACAUCUUUUGAUUAAUAUUAGCUACAUGAGUGUGGUGUAAAUCCCAUAACAUACUUUUGUUAUGAUAAAGGUUUACCCUUGAGUAUUUUUUUGGAACAUAGAAAACAUGGAACCUCCGCGACAAUCAGAAUCAGAUACUGUGGAAUACUGGAAGAAACAAGCUAAACACUAUGAGCAAAAGGCAAUUGAUAUGCAACAAGAGUUGGACGAGUACACGGAAAAUUCAGCACAGUUGGAAAAAGAACUUGAAGCUUCACUCUUACAAGUUGAGAAACAGAACAGAGAUCUAGAACAUCAAAAUCAGCGGCUAAAAAAUGAAAUAGAAUCACUAAAGAAUAAAUUAGAAAGAAGUCAACAUGAAACAAAUGCAUUGGAAAAUGAAGUGCAAUCUCUCAAAAUAGAGCAGGACAAAAAAGCUGAAUACAUCAGAGAGUUGGAGCAAAAAAAUGAUGAUUUGGAAAGAGGGCAAAGGGUUGUAUCUGAAUCAGUGUCUUGCAUAGAGGCAUUGUUAAAUCAGGCAUAUGAAAGAAAUGCUGUUUUAGAAAGUGAAGUUGAUGAAAUAGAAACACUAAAAGUGAGAUUACAACGAGCUACAGAUGAAGCUAGAGAUCUGAAGCAGGAACUGAAAGUAGUAGAAAAAAUCCCAGUGCACAGAAAGGAAGAUGAUAGUACAAAUGAAAAUGCAUUGGUCAAUGGGCACAACACUUCCGCCAGAGCAGUGGAAACAGAAACCCAAACGGGCUUACCUUCACCACAUAAACGCGAAAUCAAUGGAAAUGCCAUGACACCGUCAGCCAGAGUAUCCGCUAUCAACAUUGUGGGUGAUUUGCUCCGUAAAGUUGGGCUUGAAAGGUUUCUUUGCCGUGAAUGUGGUAUGAUCAAAUGCUCGUGUGACGGUCAACCUCCAGACUUGAGUGAUGCCGCCAAGUCAACCGAGAUCUCCCAUGCCUGCGAUAAUACCGAUAACAGCAUAGACGCUUCCAUAGAAUAUAGAAACCCUAAAGUGUUCAUUCGACAAUCUUCUGGGCCCGAUCCAAUAACAGAAAAACAUCAGUUAAAGCACAGAUCCUCAGAGGAAGGAUUUUCUAGGCCCGGCGUGGGAGAGAAUGGGAAAUUGAGACGAUCUUUCGCUGUGAGGUCUAGGGAGGGGCUUGAAAACCUGUUGAGCUUCGCCUCUAUUCGGAAUGGACAGCCGCGAGCCAAGCCAAAGCAGACUUUAGCACGAUAACAUAUACCUGUAGUAGUGAAUUGUCUUGUGGCUCGUACACAAAUACCUGUUUAAUACUACCCAGAAGGGUCACCUCUGCUUCUAAGAAUAUUAAAUACUUAGAUGGAAAAAUUGUUG